CGGAACCGGAAGGAUCAACCUCCAUACAUGUGUAAGGGAGAGAGACAACACGGUCGCUAACGGUGUUGCGUUAUUUCGUUGUAAAGUUAAUAAUAUAAUUAGGUUUAACUCUAUCAAAGAGCAGUCGGGCUUAAUCCCGUAACGGCCGCGGCGACAAGAUGGCGGAGAUCGUUCAGCAGCGGAUCGAGGACAGAAUCCCUGAAUUGGAGCAGUUGGAGAGAGUGGGACUGUUCACCAAGAAAGAAGUCAAAUCAAUCAUCAAAAGAAUAACAGCCAUGGAAUACAAGCUCACUAGGCUAGCCGUAAAGAAGGAGGACUUCAUCGCAUACAUUCAGUAUGAAAUCAACGUUUUAGAGCUGAUAAAGAAGAGAAGAGCACACAUACACUACCAGUUCAAAAGAGAGGAGAUUGAGUUCCCCAUCAUCCACAGAAUCAAUAGUAUCUUCAGAAGAUCUACAAAUAAGUGGAAGGAUGAUGUGCAGCUGUGGCUCUCACAUGUUGCUUUCUGUAAGAAAUGGGCCACCAAAGGCCAGAUCAGCAAGGUGUUCUCGUCCAUGCUUGCCAUCCAUCCGGACAAACCAGCCCUGUGGAUCAUGGCUGCCAAGAGUGAGCUGGAGGAUAGAAAUUCUUCUGAAAGUGCCAGACACCUGUUUCUGAGGGCGCUACGUUUCCACCCAAACAACCAGAAAGUCUACCAGGAGUAUUUCCGUAUGGAGCUGCUGCAUAGUGAGAAACUGAGGAAGCAACAGAAAGACCUGGAGAAGGCUGAGAUGGAUCUGGGUGAAUAUGAGUUCUCUCCAGAGGUCCUGAGUGGUAAACUGGCUGAGGUUGUCUACAGAGAUGCUACGGUGAAAAUCAAAGAAGCAGAAUUUGUCAUCUCACUUCUGAACAUAGCAGCCAUCUUUGACUUCACCAAGGAACUCCAGGACUUCAUCCUCCAAGACUUGCAGACCAACUACACACAGGACAGCUUUACGUGGGAUUUCAUGGCGAAGAGGGAGCUGAAUGCUCCAGGGGCAGGCACGGAGCUGCAGACUGCCAAAGGCCGAGCUUCAGACAUCAACCGCAGAGAGGAGCGGUGCUGCCAGGUCUAUGAGGAGGGAAUCAAGAGCCUCAACUCUGAGUCCAUGUGGAGUUGCUAUGUGGCGUUCUGCUUGGAAAGGCUGAGGAGGAAAACCAACGUCGAAGAGCUGAAGGAAAAAAGGCAGGAGAGGCUGCUGGGAGUCCUGCAGCACGCUCACGACUCCUCACUGCUGAAAGAGAGUUAUUACAAGAACUGGCUGCAGCUUUUGCUCUCGUCAGGAGAUACCGAGGGAGCAGCCAGUGUUGCCAUGACAGCCACACAGCGCUAUAGCCAAUCGGUGUCAAUGUGGAGUCUGAGUCUGCCGACGCUAAUGCAGCUGGGAAGCGGAGACAUGGGCAAGCAUUUCCAGGAUGCUCUCGCUAACGUUAAUCCCAAGGAGAGUCUACCGCUGUGGCAGCUGCAGUUCCAGUGGAGCGCUGACAACCAGAGACCUGAGGAGACAGAAGCCGUCUUCAAGAGAGGUCUACUGUCUGCAGUAGCGGCUGUUGCCAUGGAGACGAAAGAGCGCUACCUCGAUUGGUCGUACUCCACUGGAGGCUACAAGAAAGCCAGAAAGACCUUUACAGGCUUACAAGAAAACCGUCCCUUGUCCAAGGCCUUUUUUACCAGAAUGAUUCAAAUUGAGAAGGAACAAGAGACUCCAAAGAUGCACCAUCUGAGAGACUACUAUGAGAGGGUGCUGCAGGAGUUUGGGACCACAGAUGACGAUCUGUGGCUGCAGUACAUCCAGGAGGAGCUGGGGCACCUUGGCCAGCCAGAGAACUGUGCCAAGAUCCACUGGAGAGCCAUGAAGUUUCUGGAAGGGGAGAGUGUGGAAAGAUUCACUUCCAAAUACACUCUAAUUCAGACUGGACACUUAAGAGAGGCCCUUUAAGGUCCUGGUAGUGUUGAACAAAGCCUGUAGGUUCAGAUAAUAACAACAAAUGUUUAAGCUGAAAAAGCAGCACAUGUUGGUCCAGUAGAAGGCCGGUUCUCUGCCUGCUCACGAAAUGUUCUUUUGCCUUUAAAUAAAAAAGCAGUAUUAUAGUAUCUGAAGUUAGCUGUUCAUUAGGAAUGAGCCUCCUGUUCAGGCUUCACGUCAUUUAGAAGAAAUCUUCUCAGAGUUGACUGAGCUGCUCUCUCCGACAUUGCAGCUGUAGAGUUUGUAUUUAAUUUCAGUUUUUGGGUGCAAGAAUCUGUGCUGUUUGAUAAACAGACUGAUGUUCAAAGCAUUUGAUACAGUAAGGAGGUCCAGUUUUGUUAAAUUCCAUUUAUUCAUUAUUUGAAGAAUAUGAGCUUUGAUGCUGUUAACAUACAAAACAGUCUUUCAUUCUUGGGUUGUUCCCUGUUCGUGGUCUAACCGGCUUAAGCCCCUUUCAGACAUGCACUCAUCUGCAUUAAUCCGAUGAUAACUUCUUUUUUUGUGUGUGUGUGUCUAAAUGGUCACUUUUCUAUAAAGGUUGCAAUAAAAGAUGGAUCACUCA